AUGUCUCGCAUUUACAUUGGGUCAAUCAAUUUUGAUAUAGGUGAGGAUCAUCUCCGCAUGAAUUUUUCUCCGUUUGGUCCAAUAAAGGUAGUGUUUGAGAUUUAUGCAUUGUCCACAUUUUUCAAUUUAAAACAGAUUGUGAACAUGUGUAGAGAUCCAGCAACCGGGAGUCACAAAGGUUUUGCUUUUGUCGAAUAUGAGGUGCCGGAGGCUGCCCAACUUGCGCAAGAGCAAAUGAAUGGAAAAAUGAUGGGAGGAAGAAGCAUUAAAGUUUCACCAGUUACGAGACCAACAAAUAUGCCUCAAGCGCAAUCCAUUAUUGGUUCUCGAUUUGUUAAAAUAAAUUCUGAAUAUUUUUUAGAUAUGAUCGUCAGUGAGGCUCGCAAAUUUAAUCGCGUAUAUGUGUCCUCCGUUCAUCCAGAGUUGCUAGAAGAGGAUUUGCGCAGUGUUUUUGAGGCAUUUGGUGAAAUUCAGAAAUGUAUGUUGGCUAAGGACGCAUCUGGACGACACAGGAGCUUCGGGUACAUCGAGUUCUCAACUCAACAAGCAGCAAAAGAAGCAGUAGAAGGAAUGAAUGGCUUCAAUUUUGGUGGUCAGUGCUUAAUCAUAUGUCGUGCUAUUACUCCACCUGAUGCACUUAGCUAUUUGAGUGCAACACCAAACCCAUCUGGCGUUCUACCUGCAGCAACAGCUAUGGCAAUGGCGGCAAGUUUUUGA